CCAUCAGCCCUCAUAUCUGGUGUGAAUUCAAACAUCUCUGAUUCACAGAUCUGUAAACGGUUCCGUCUUGGUUCCAGAACGUUCACUGGGAUCAGCUCAGCUGGUUGUGAAAUCUUCAGUGGGACGGAUGCUUGGAUGGAUGAUGGAUGGAUGGGUGUGGACCGCUGUCCUUGGGGACAGUGGGGGCGUUGGAAUGACACUGCGGUGUUGGAAGACAAUGGGGCCUUUUGGUGCUGAUCAUCCAAGACCUCCUACUUUUUGGGGGGUUUUAAAGGAGAAGUUCAGACUUUUUGUGCCAGGCUGUGUAACUCAGACUGCCUCUGAUUCUUUUGUCUCUGCAGGGUUUAUCAAGGCUUCAACCAGAAGGAUGAGCAGGAGUCAAGGAGACGACACAGCAGAUGUGGACACUUCACUGACAGACACAUCACAUCACAUCACAGCAGGAUACACUGCUGUCUUAUGGUCUGGGGUGGAGCCCAGAAUACGUCUCCAUUGAUAGGGUGGUUUAAUUACUGGUUCAGACUAAAGUGCCAGUUUGGUUUUUCUUCUUCUUCUUCUUCUUCUAUCCUCCAGUGAACUCACUUCCUGUAGAUGAGAGCAGGAACUGCUGGUGUGUAAAAAAACAUGUCUCCUCUUUCAGAGUAUUUCCUUUCUGUACUCUGAGGACAGUGAGGCCUUUGAGGAGUUACUGUCUCACAGAUGGAUGAGUGGAUUCUAGCCCCCAUGUCUAGGAGAGGUUGAGGCAUUUUUUCUUUCUUUCUUUCUUUCUUCCUUUCUGUUUGUGUCUAACCCAUGAUCUAACUUUUACAAUCUCUUUAUCUUCUACUCUUUAUCUCUCUUACAUUCUGUCUCUGCCUUAUCUGUCUUUAUGCCCUUUCUCUCUCGCUCUCACUCUCAAUCCCUCCCCUUACACCGUCCCCUUCUCUCUCUCUCUCUCUCUCUCUCUCUAUCUAUCUCUGUAAACCAACUGCCAGCAGCUGUUGCUCAUUCCUCUCAGGCCCCGCCCCCAGGCACCAAAUGAGCAACAGAGUGUGUGGUUGUGAACUUUUGAAGAAAGUCUUGAGAACAUGGUGGAGUUUCUUCUGGUGAGGAGUCACGGGUGUUUUUUUCUGUCGUGCCUGUUGCCUCGUGAAGACGUCCUCUUCCUGACAGUCUGUAGAGAGGAAGCUGAAGGAGGACAAACUCAUGGUCACCAGUGUUGACUCAGCCUCUGUUAUCAGGCAGCAGUUUAUCAUCAGAACCACAUUCUUCUCGGUCUGCAGCCUGAACACUUUGUCCUCAGGGUGGACUGAAGGAGCCCACAGACCUUAGAACUUCAGGACUUCUUCUUCUCCCGUCCCCAGCCUCUGGUUGAGCCACUUUUCGCACAGAGGUGAGAAGAGGUUGAAAUCCCAGACCCGAGUAGAAACAGACUGGGAGGUCUCCAGAAGGGGUCAGCGUUCUCCCCGGCCUUCACGUUUCUGCAGGAAGAGUUGAGGGUGGGGCCACACGCUUCAUGAUGGCGAAGGGACCCAAGAGGCGAUUCAUUCUCGGAGUGCUGAUGGCUGCCUGUUUGCUGUUUUGCAUUCUCUGUUUAAACCCAGAGGAGGUGCGAAAACAUUUCCAUGGCUUCAUUCAGGACACGAGCAGCAGUUUCCAGGUUUUCCAAGAAUAUCAGAAGCCCAUGAACAACAGAACCUCAGACUUGAAGGUUCCCUCUGAAACACCGGUGCAUCCAAACCCCACCAAACAAGAACCCACAGAGGACAAAGCCCUGAAUGUCACACAGCCCACGUCCAAGUCUACAAAUGUGAUAGUUAAUCCUGGACCAACAGAACCGGCCUACAUUGGAGAUACCUACAUGAGUGAAGACAGCGUCCCGCUGACGAACUGUCUCAACAGCCUCCACAGCAAGGUGUCUCAGACUGACUUUGGCGACAGAUUUCUGAAAGACAUACCCGUCCUACAGUGGGCCAAACAUGUGAGUCCAGAACAGUACCAACGUCUGAGGCAGUACCCUGGAGCCCACGGCUGGGCAGUGAUAGAUUACAACUCACUGUUGGAGAGUCUGUCUGCGCUCAACUCCUCUGCUAACAGGCAGAUGUUUGACGACUGGAGCAGUCGAGGGAACCAGUCCGGGUGCAUCCGUUGUGCUGUCGUGGGGAACGGAGGAAUCCUGAGGGGUUCAAAGAAAGGGGCGGAGAUCGACAGUCAUCACUACGUCUUCAGGACCAACGGUGCCGUCAUUCAGGGCUUUGAGAAGGACGUGGGGUCUCGGACCACCCACUACACCUUCUCUGUGAACACUUUGAUGAACUCUUUGAGAAGCUACGCCAAGGUCGGCUACAGAAGACCACCUUUGUCCAAGGAAACACGGUACAUCUUCCUGCCCGACCACGACCGGGACUACCUGAUGAUGAAGGCUGCGGCGAUGCACGUUCUAGUGGAGAGAGGAGCAGAGUUCAACAAAAAUCCAACCGACAUCUUUGGUAAAGACGUAUCUGUUGAGAAGCUGAAGAUGUACCAUCCUGACUUCAUCCGUUACAUCAGGAACAGAUUUAUUCGCUCAAACACCUUAAAAACCAAACUCAAAGACAUCUAUCGUCCUUCCACUGGCGCCGUGAUGCUGUUGGCUGCACUGCACACAUGUGACCAGGUGAGCGCCUACGGCUUCAUGACCCCCGACUAUAAUAAGUACUCUGACCAUUAUUACGACAGCAGCCACCACCCUGUCGUGUUCUACGCCAACCAUGACAUGCGUUUGGAGAUGACGCUGUGGCAGCAGCUGCACCAGGCCGGCCUCAUCCGUCUUUACAUGCACCGGUGAGCACAGGAAGUGAUGUCAUCAGGUCUAUGAAGGCUCCGUGAGAUACGACGGUGAAGUUUAAAACAGACUGAAUUUAACUUAAAUUUAACUUCAACAUCGGUUCCUGGGACCGAUCGGGAAACAGAUUCCUACAAAGAGACCUUGAUCUGACCCGUUAAGAGUCAUAUGUUUAUCAUUUGGCCCACAUCUGGUAUCCAGAAUGUGGGUCAAAGAUUUCAGUCAAUGUGUGGCUGUCCCUCACAGACUUAUCUUGGGAUAUCAUAGCAUAGCAACACUAUUUAUUUGGACCACCUAGAGGAAUUGGUAAGUGUUGUUAAUGGCCCACAUAUUGUUCACGAGUGUUCAAAAAUGUGGGCCACAUUCCAGACAAACUCUGUCUAAGCUCGUCCUCUUCUGGGCCUGUAUUGACCAAUUCUGUGAAGUGGGAGACCCAUGGAGUGUGGUCCAGCAGUCAGGAUUUGUGGGUCACACAAAGUAUGAAACUUUUUCAUCAGCCUCAGAUUCAGUGGCUGACGAACCGAUGCUGAAUGUUAUGGUUUUACUGUAGAAACAAAAAGAACCGGUUGGAAGUCACCCACUUUUUAAAUGCAGUGUCACAAUGUUGACCAUUCAGCCCAGGCGGUCUGGGCCGGUCUGGGCUGGUCUGGGCCGGUCUGGGCUGGUCUGAGUUCUUUCUAGUGUGGUGCAGAUUUGACUGCAGCUCAG